UCUAAAACUAAACCAAAAUUAACAUUAGCAACAUGAAAUGUAAAAAAUGCAAUUCAUCUUCUGCAUUAAUUAUCUUAAGAAAAAAAGAUUUGUAUUGCAGAGAGUGCUUCCUAGCAAAUGUAACUCAUAAAUUCCGUUCUAGCAUCGGAAAAAAUAAAAUAUUAGGAAAGGCAGAUAAUGUUUUGAUCUGUUUGUCGGGGAAGGAAGGCUCAACGGUUUUAUUAGAUUUGAUUAAUAAUGCGUUAUCCCUUGAUAACCACAAGAAACUACGAAUAACUCCAAUUUUUCUACACUUGUGUGAAAACUACGAAACAAUAAAGAAUGUAAUAGAACAAUGUCAAAAGUACAAUUAUGACCUAUAUUCACCACAUAUAUCAGAAUAUGUUCAAUCCAAAUCUCAUAUACCAAUUGUGAAUUCUUUACCUAUUGUAAACAAUGAACUUAUAGAAGAGUACAAUAACAUGCAAAAUAGCAUGUUACCAACAGUUAAAGAUGAUUUCAUAACUAAUAUUAAGAGAACUUUAUAUAUUAGAUAUGCAAAGCUUUUGAAUUGCAAAUAUAUUUUCACUGGUGAAACAACAACCACUUUGGCCACAAAAUUACUUGUAAAUUUAGCUAUUGGACGUGGCUCUCAAGUACAAAGUGAUGUGGGAUUUUUAGACAGUAGAGAUAUGGAAAUCAAAAUUAUUAGACCUAUGAAAGACAUAAGUGAAGAGGAAUUAAAACUUUAUAUCAACUCUAAGAAUCUUAAAGUAAAUGAUAAACAAACAUCCAAAGAGAAUGAGCACACUAGCUUGCAAACAGUAAUUAGUACUUUUGUAAGCAAUUUGCAAGAAAAUUUUCCUUCCACAAUUUCAACAAUAUGUAAAACUGCUGAUAAAAUUGGAUUACAAGAUGAAUGUGACAAUGAAAGGCAUAAUACGUGUGUUAUUUGUCAAAGCAUCUUGAAACCUGAUGAGAAAGCAAUCUCAGCUUUGGAUGCAACAAGUAUUUCCAAAAUAGUUUCAUUGAGAAAACAUACAGACUCUGGUAUAGAUGUGGACAUGGAGAAAAAUGUUAUUAACUCAACAAUAUUUCCUUAUAUUCAUAAUCGUCUAUGUUAUGCUUGCAGUAGAAAUUAUGCAGAAAUUAAACAAAGCAAAAUACCUAGUUACAUUAUUGAAACACAAAAAUAAAGAAGUGCAAAAUA